AUGUCUUCGAGCAUUCUGACGACUUCGGUGGCUGAUCAUUUUAUAAAUCUUGCUCAUACCAUUGGUAUCCUCACUGACCCUUUCGUAACGCCCAUAGAAAAUGUUGCGAAAUUUACUUUCAAUUCAACAUUUCCCGGAGUAUACCAAUACUUCGCGGAAGUAUUGGAAGGAUACAAAUCACCAUUUGUGGAUAGACUGCCAUUGAUGGAUCCUUUUCAUGUAGUGUUAAUUGCUAUUGGCUAUUUAAUGACGAUAUUUCUGGGGAAACAGUACAUGUCUCAACGUCAAAAGUUAUCGGUGAAGGGAUUAAGCGCACUGCAUAAUUUCUUGAUGGUCUCGUUGAGUGCGUACAUGUGUACCAUGAUAUGGGUAGAAGCCUGGAAGAAUGGGUACACGUUAUUCGCUAAUCCUGAAGACAGGUCGGAGAAAGGAUUUCAGGUACAACC